CGUCUCUGCGCGCAUGCGCGCCCGCCGUCCUCGCGAGGCCUUCUUGAGCCGGGUGGCGCAGGCGUAGUGUCCCCGGGCCAAGAUGGCGGCGCGGUGCUCCACACGCUGGUUGCUGGUGGCUGUGGGGACCCCUCGGCUGCCGGCUGCAGCGGGGAGAGGAGCCAGGCCGUCCAGGGAGGGCAUGGUUGGGGCGUCGCUGGGCCGCAGGCUGAGCAUCACCGCCUUCGCGCCUCCCCUAAGUGCUCGCGGCCCCAGGGCGCUGCUGACAUUGAGACCUGGUGUCAGCCUUACAGGAGCAAAAUGUUACCCUUUUGUUUAUACUGCCUCCUUCCAUAUGAGUACCCCUUUGGCCAAAGAAGAUUAUUACCAGAUAUUAGGAGUGCCCCGAAAUGCCAGCCAGAAAGAAAUCAAGAAAGCCUAUUACCAGCUUGCCAAGAAAUAUCACCCUGACACGAAUAAGGAUGAUCCCAAAGCCAAGGAGAAGUUCUCUCAGCUAGCAGAAGCCUAUGAGGUGUUGAGUGAUGAAGUGAAGCGGAAGCAGUAUGAUGCCUAUGGCUCUGCUGGGUUUGACCCUGGGGCCAGCAGCUCCGGACAGAGCUACUGGAGGGGAGGCCCCUCUGUGGACCCCGAGGAGCUAUUCAGGAAGAUCUUUGGGGAGUUUUCGUCAUCUUCAUUUGGAGAUUUUCAGACUGUGUUUGAUCAGCCUCAGGAGUACAUCAUGGAGUUGACGUUCAACCAGGCUGCAAAGGGAGUCAACAAGGAGUUCACCGUGAACAUAAUGGACACCUGUGAGCGCUGCGACGGCAAGGGGAACGAGCCCGGUACCAAGGUGCAGCACUGCCACUAUUGUGGCGGCUCUGGCAUGGAAACCAUUAAUACGGGCCCAUUUGUGAUGCGUUCCACUUGUCGGAGAUGUGGUGGCCGUGGCUCCAUCAUCACGACUCCCUGUGUGGUCUGCAGAGGUGCAGGACAGGCCAAGCAGAAGAAGCGAGUGAUGAUUCCUGUUCCUGCAGGAGUCGAGGAUGGCCAGACUGUGAGGAUGCCUGUGGGAAAAAGAGAAAUCUUCAUCACAUUCAGGGUGCAGAAGAGCCCUGUGUUCCGGCGGGACGGUGCAGACAUCCACUCUGAUCUCUUUAUUUCUAUAGCUCAAGCUAUUCUUGGGGGGACAGCCAGAGCCCAGGGCCUGUAUGAGACAAUCAACGUGACGAUCCCCCCUGGGACUCAGACAGACCAGAAGAUUCGGAUGACUGGGAAAGGUAUCCCCCGGAUUAACAGCUAUGGCUACGGAGAUCACUACAUUCACAUCAAGAUAAGAGUUCCAAAGAGGCUAACAAGCCGGCAGCAGAGCCUGAUCUUGAGCUAUGCUGAGGACGAGACGGACGUGGAGGGAACGGUGAACGGUGUCACCAUCACCAGCUCCGGUGGCAGCACCAUGGAUAGCUCCGCAGGAAGCAUGGCUAGGCGUGAGGCUGGGGAGGACAAGGAGGGAUUCUUUUCCAAACUUAAGAAAAUGUUUACCUCCUGAUAUCUCUGCUGAGGAAAACGAUCCACCGGAAACUAGGCUGGGAAGCAGCAGCCCUUCCUCGUGGCUGGACACCCGGGAGACAGGAGGAUUUCAGAACAGCAGCAUUGAGCGCCCGCCUGCAGGGCCUUCUGGACUGCUUUGGCAACAGCAAAAUCAUGUGAAUGUUAGUACAUCUUUCCACGGAAAGGUCACGAAGGGCAGCCCCUGAGCAGCAAGAUGUAGCACCGGGAGGCCCAGUGGAAGUUUCCUGUCUGUGGGUAGGUGACUCAGCCUCUUCUGGCUCAGGCAGAGGAAGACAGACUCUUCUUGCAGUGCUGAACAUCUAAUUUGGUAUCAAAUGUGGUAGAGAUCUUAGGAAGCAAAUUAAAGGCCAUGCUUACAGCUUAGAAAUGAAGCCUUAAGCUGCACCAAGUCAUGAAGUGAUUAAUUUCCCUCUCAGCAACCUUCUGGGAGGUUCCAGAACGAGUCCUUCCUGACGAGUUGUCUUCUCCAGGAACCUGGGGCCCCCAGCCUACCCCAAGGCCAUCUUCCUCCUGAUAGGUGCUUGUCGAGGCAUCACUUGCUCUGCUCAGAGUUUGUAAUUCCCUGAAGUACACACAGCUGUGGAGUGGUUGUUUGGGCCUAGGGAGGCACUCGCGGAGGCCUGGAGAGUCCCGGGAGUUCCUGCUUCUGACCACAUAAGCAGUGACCUUUGUAAGGACGGACAGUUCUUUCUCCCACUCCAUCCAGGAGGGCCGCCUGUCCCUGAACUGUCGAGUCCUGCUGUUCUAAGCCAGGUGUGGUGGGCUCCUGCCCUUCUGUUGAGCCACAGCCGGGCAGGGCAGGCUUCAGCUGCCUUGGGAACUUGGAGCCCUGCCGCUGUUGCCAGCCAGGGUUGCUUCUCCUGCUUACACUGUUGACAUCUGCUUUCUAAAGUGUGUUUAAAUUAUUCAGUGCUAAUCAUUGUCUUUUCCUGUGUAAAUGUUCAGAAAGGGAAGACAUAGGCUAAGCAGUUGAAGGUUCCCCCCGUUCAGCCAGAGCCAAGCACCCCCUCCCCAGCCUCUGCUGGUAGCACGCUGCGGUUUCGGAGUUCAAGACUCUUAAGCUACUGUAAGAUAGGUGAAUGAAGAACACUUCUCAGUAGUUUCCUUUUUGUUUUCCUUUAUAAUUCACUAAAAUAAAGCAUCUGUUAGUAUCUGAUUUAGGAAUGUAAAAUGAUUCUGUAUUAAUGUAAAUAUUAAGAUUAUCUACUGCAAAAAGAUACUUAAAACCUA